AUCGAGUGAACGGACAGGCGGAGCCAGCGCGUCGGCCCCAUCAGCCCAUUGCUCCUGCUCUGAGACCGCGGCCAUGCGCCCUAGAGCCCUUCGUCUGACGGGGGCCCGCAAGCACUCGCACCACAGGAUGGGUCCAUUAAACAUUAACAUGCCUAUCUCUCUCUCUCUCUCUCUCUCUCGCACUCUGAACGCUCAAACACAAACUCUUGGAACGGGCUGGACGUUCUAUUGUCAGGUUGCAUGGAAGACUUCAAGUCGUUGGAUAGGGAUACGUUUCAUGGAAGACUUCAGGUCGUUGGAUAGGGAUACGUUGCAUAGAAGACUUCAAGUCGUUCGAUAGGGAUACGUUGCAUGGAAGACUUCAAGUCGUUGGAUAGGGAUACGUUGCAUAGAAGACUUCAAGUCGUUGGAUAGGGAUACGUUGCAUGGAAGACUUCAAGUUGCUGGAUAGGGAUACGUUGCAUGGAAGACUUCAAGUUGCUGGAUAGGGAUACGUUGCAAUGAAGACUUCAAGUUGUUGGAUAGGCAUACGUUGCAUGGAAGACUUCAAGUUGCUGGAUAGGGAUACGUUGCAUGGAAGACUUCAAGUUGUUGGAUAGGGAUACGUUGCAUGGAAGACUUCAAGUCGUUGGAUAGGGAUACGUUCUUAUUUGGUUUCCAAAUUUCGUACACGUACCGGCAGUGUUUGAAACAACACGUUUCAUAGACACGAAGGCGGUACUGCAGACAGAUGGCAUGUGAAGAACUUAUCUCUACGCUCUUUGCCGAGUCUGAUGAGUGAAGGUGCCCUCCGCCCGCUACCGGCUCCGCGAUGGUCGACAUGGAGAGCCACUACCAACCCCCCUCCCCCCUGGAGGACUCGGUGCUGGGCAGCCCACUGUGCGGUGAGGACGAAUUCAUGGGCGAAAUGGGGGAGCUGCAGGACAUCUCGCAGUCCAUCGGCGGCGGCCGCGGCGCCAGGCGCUUCGACGGCCCCAGAUACCAGUCCUCCAGCAACGGCUCGGAAGGCUCCACUGCUCUAGACGCCCUGACGCCGGCGUCCAGCCCGUCGUCGGUCGUUUACGGGAUGGCGCCGGGCCAGGAGGACUUCUCCUCGGCGUCCUCUCCGCUCAAUCUGGAGUGCCGGGUGUGUGCGGACCGCGCCUCGGGCUACCACUACGGGGUCCACGCCUGCGAGGGCUGCAAGGGCUUCUUUCGGCGGACGAUCCGUCUGAAGCUGGAGUACGACAAGUGCGAGCGUCGCUGCAAGAUCCAAAAGAAGAACCGCAACAAGUGCCAAUACUGCCGCUUCCAGAAGUGCCUGUCGGUGGGAAUGUCCCACAACGCCAUCCGCUUUGGCCGGAUGCCCCAGUCGGAGAAGCUGAAGCUGAAGGCGGAGAUGGUGACGGGGGACAGGGAGGUGGGAGACCCGCGGGUCGCCGACCAGAAGACGCUGGCCCGGCAGAUUUACGAGGCCUACCUCAAGAACUUCAACAUGAACAAGGCCAAGGCUCGAACCGUCCUCACCGGCAAGACCGCCACACCUCCUUUCGUCAUCCAUGACAUGGAGACCCUCAAGCUGGCGGAGCAGACGCUGGUGGCCAAGAUGGUGGGCGCAGUGGGAACGCUGAAGGACCGGGAGGCGGAGGUCCGGAUUUUCCACUGCUGCCAGUGCACGUCGGUGGAGACCGUCACGGAGCUCACGGAGUUCGCCAAGUCCGUCCCCGGUUUCUCCAGCCUGGACCUCAACGACCAGGUGACUCUCUUGAAAUACGGCGUGCACGAGGCCCUCUUCGCCAUGCUCGCCUCCAGUAUGAACAAGGACGGGCUCCUCGUGGCGUACGGCUCGGGCUUCAUCACCCGGGAGUUCCUCAAGAGCCUGCGGCGGCCGUUCAGUGACAUGAUGGAGCCAAAGUUCCAGUUCGCCAUGAAGUUCAACGCCAUGGAACUGGACGACAGUGACUUGGCUCUGUUUGUGGCCGCCAUCAUCUGCUGCGGAGACCGCCCGGGCCUGGUGAACGUGGCGCACAUCGAGCGGAUGCAGGAGAGCAUCGUGCGCGUGCUGCAGGUCCACCUGCUGGCCAAUCACCCCGACAACGCUUUCCUCUUCCCCAAGCUGCUGCAGAAACUGGCCGACCUGCGGCAGCUGGUCACCGAGCACGCCCAGCUGGUGCAGGAGAUCAAAAAGACCGAGGACACGUCGCUGCACCCGCUCCUGCAGGAGAUCUACAGAGACAUGUACUGAGGGGGCGUUUCGGAGGAAUAACCAAGGAGAGGCACCUCUACGGAUCAUCUCCUCCUGCUUCGGGGACAGUAGAGGAGCAGAAGUGGACCUUCAUGAGCAGAAGAUUUCUGUGUGCAGGUGAUGUACAGCGGAUUGAGCGCCAGGCUGGAAACCAGUGCAGGCGGUCACUGGGCAGGCAUCGGAUGCUAAUUUAGUAGUAUUUUGAGGCGGUCUCCAUGGUUACUCCUAUCCUGACCCUUGACAAGCCCUAAAAAUGAGGAAAGGUAGUUGAUGGCACCACUCCAGCAGUAUGCUUGAAAGGAGAUUUUUUUUUUUUUUUAAUACUGUUGUCAAAGAGCCAUAUUCAUUCAAAGCCUAAAUGAUUUCAGUGGGCAGUGACAUUAAGGUACACAAUGUCUUUCGUAUUCAUUUCUCUUCCUAACAUCCAUUCUAGGUGUGGAUCAUCAUCCCGUUCUACUCAACGUGUUUGUACACGUCAGAGCGUCAGAAAGCUAAGUCUUAGUUUGUCAGAAUUGUUCUCAAGAAUCUGAGGCAGAUUCGAGGUGUUCACUGUGUUAAUAUUACAUCCGGACUCCGUUUGAAUGCCUUUUUUUAACAAAACACAUGUGCAGACAUUUGGCACUCCAUCUUUAUUCCCCCCCCAUCCUGGUAUUCAAGCCAACACCCGGAUGAACAGCAUUUCAACCGUUACGCAGGCGGACUUUAAGCAGAUUGGCCAGAAAUUCACACAUCGGUUUCUUCAUUUCUCCAUCAAGUAAAGCCCUUCACCCACAUAAUACAACUUAUUUCUCUUUUUUUUCUUUCUUUUCCCAAUGAAAACACAACAACCUUUCUGGUGAUUACACGACGGCAAGUGAAAAUAUAGGCAAAUUAUAAAGUGAUACCCUUGUAUUUUUGGUUCACUUUGCCAUGUUCAAAAAUCAAAAGACAGCGUGCAGUCAUCUGAAGGAGUGAAACGAAGCCAGACUUUACUCAGGGUUCCGGUGAUGGAUAAAGACCACUUUCAUUUUUACAAGUUGUUUUUGUCCAUAUGGAAACCGGUGCGUGCGAAGAGGCCAACGGUGUAUUUUGUUGUCACGUUGCCUUUUUAUUAAAACAUUGACACGCUACACAGAAGACCAACAGUGAGGGAAUGUUGAUAAAGAAGAAAUGGUAAAGAUGUACAGAUGAUAUAUAUAUACACACAUAUACACCCCCCCCCC